CCAUCGAUGCCUUGGUUCACGCACGUACCCCAUCGAGUGUUUCAAAUCACGGCUAAGUUGUAUGCAGAGGAGCUCGUUGCGAUUCUAUUAUUUUUCUCGAUGGUUCUCUGGUUGCCCUUUUUGCGCUAUGUGUUGGGGAAUGCAGGCUUAUUUUGGUGGCUUAUUGUUGGGAGUGUUGGCUCAUUUGGAUGCAUAGUUGUGUUUGAAAUGGCGAUUCUGCGAAAUCCUCGUUUCAUGGUGAAGUCCGCGAGCGAUGGUCCGUCGAUUUUGGAGCCGCCCGAGUACAAAAAGUACGGAGCUCCUCGGCAAGUCGGGCGCGAAGUGCGUGUUGAUGGAAAGCAGUUUCGAGAUUCCGAGGGGAGGAGAGUGCAUUUGAGAGGCAUAAAUGUUGGAGGAAUGUCGAAGGUCCCCUAUGGAACUACGACCAACGAACCGGACAUUCCGUAUGGCGCGGGAGUGACCUUUGUCGGGAGGCCCUUCCCUUUAGCCGAGGCAGAGGUUCAUCUGGCUCGACUGCGCGCCUGGGGACUCACCUUUUUACGAUUGGUUGUUACGUGGGAAGCCCUGGAGCCUCACAGGCCGGACGAAUACGAUGAGGAAUAUAUAGAGUAUAUUGUGAAACUAGUGAGGAAGUGCCGAGAGUUUGGCAUCAGUGUUGUCAUAGAUCCUCACCAAGACGCCUGGUCUCGGUGGACUGGGGGGGACGGCGCGCCACGGUGGACUCUGGAGAAAAUUGGUUUGGAUGCGGACAAGUUGUCAGCAGCUGGGAUUGCAGUCUUGCAUGAGGCCAACUUGAAUGAUGAAGCAGGAGACCCGGAAAGGUUCUAUCCGCAUAUGGUGUGGCCGACCAACAACUUUAUGUUUGCAGCAGCAACUAUGUGGGCGAUUUUCUUUGCUGGUGAAGAUUAUGCGCCCAAUACUAAGAUUGGUGAUGAGAAUGCUGGUGAGUAUCUUCGUCGUCAUUACUACGGUGCUGUGAGCGCCUUAGCGGAGGCGCUCAAAGACGAGGCAAACGUACUGGGCUUUGAGACUAUGAAUGAACCUAACAUGGGGUGGAUCGGUCGGGAUCUUGGCCUUGAUAAGUACGACUCGUCUCAGCCGCUCGGCUAUCUGGCGAGCCCGUGGGAAAGCAUGCAGUUGGCUAAUGGGAAGUCUAUCACUGUUGCUAAAUAUGGAGAAGCGUAUAAAUAUCUCGGGCAUUAUACGCUGAAUAAGGAGCAUGUUAGGGCGUUCCUGCCGGGCUAUAGAGAUCCGUGGUAUGAUAAUGGAGUUUGGGAUUAUGAUUGUGAGGGGAAGAUGCGCCUGUUGAAGAAGGGGUAUUUUGACAUGAAGACUAAGGAAGAUUUUCAAGGUGGCAACUUGCGUGCUGAGUACGAUGGGCUUACUUUCCAAUUUUGUAUAUACCGUACGUGGGCUGCGAUGAGGGUGUCGGAAGAAGGAAUGCAUCUGGUGGUGGGUCCAGACGUCGCUGAACGAGUCCAUAAGGAGUCGUUAGCGAGAGUGGCUCAUAGUGGUGAUCAGGUUGGACCUACUAUGUUGGGGGAAUCUGGUGUGCAUUGGUGUGGCAGCUACGCGGCUACUGACAUGGCUUUGAAUGAUGGUAUGCGGGCUAUUGAAAGUAGUCUUAUACCAGCGGUGACGAUAUGGAAUUAUGCACCUGACAAUAAUGAGGAAGAUAAGGAUGGGUGGAAUAAAGAAGACCUGUCGAUCUUUACGAGUGAACCGAAUCCCCGGCUAGACAGCAACGGCGGGCCCCAUCUGAGGAUGCCGUCUGCAGUCAGGCCAUAUCCUUUUAAGUUGGCUGGCAAGCCAUUGGAAGUGCGCUUCGCUGGAUUGAGUUCUGAUAAGACCUUUAUUCUUCGAUUCGAGACGGAUCCGAAAUGCACAUCUCAUGUGUCUGAAAUAUUCGUCCCUCUGUGCAUUCACUAUCAAGAAGGCGUUGAAGUGGAAGUCUCUGAUGGGAGCUGGAAGAUUGACGCUCCUAAUCAGACUUUGUACUACACUCAUGAUUCCAAUGUAAUAUGA